AUGAAAGCGGGUGUGAAAGAUGGCCAUGGGUACUACUUUUUGGAUCUAUUGCGAUUAGCGGAUACAGCCACAGCAAACAGAAUAGAGUCCGCCAUGGUCAAGCUCUCCUGGGCGAUCAAGGAUGUCGCUAAGCUCCUGUGCCAUCUGCUGGAGACUGAGUUAAAGAAAGGCGACCUCACCAUUAUGUGGGAGAAAGUAUUCGAAGUGCUUUUAGACAGAUUGAGCGAGCCAUGCAGAGCCCAGCAGCUUUUGCAACAGACGUUUGAUUGUUCGUCGUGUACGGAAGUAGGAGGUAAUUCCCCCACGAUGAAUUGUGUGCUAUUAUACUUUCAUCGCAUGCCAGGAGACGCCACUGAUGAGGAGAUGGCAAAGACGGGAGGUACACGGCAUUGUUUAAUUGGACUCAUAGAAAAAGAACACGUGGCAAAGAUAUUUCAGAAGCGCAGAGAAGAAUCAAUAGAAGACAACGACAUUGAAGUGGAUCUGACAUCCUUCAAGAUCUACGAAUUUGCGAACAAAGACCUCUACGAUGCCGAGGUAGCGGUUGUAGAAUCCUCAACGGGUUCAAAGUCACCACUGCACUUCUCCUUCAAGGAGAUACAGAUACCAUUUGAGCCACCGAUUGACAAGGAUCGUCUCGAGGAGUACUUCAGACAAACUUCAACCAACGUACAUGCUUUCAAACCGGAGGAUGGCGUAUGGUGCAUCUAUGCCUAUACCAAUGUGUGUAGAGCAGUUCCUGAGGUGCUACCGGCUGACAUGGCUGUUGUGAAUAUCAGCGACGACGAACGAUCUUAUUUCAAACCCAACCAAUUAAUCGUGGCCCAGCGGUUGCUUUCGAAGGCCAAGGAGCUGCUGACUGUAGACGUGUCGUGGUUUCGUGACGUUCGGACGUUUGUUUUUACGCAAAGAUACAACACAUUGCUACAGCAAACACACAACCGUAUCCAGCUGAGCUUGAAGGGACACAACGUGUAUGUGGGGCUCAGUUCGCGAACGCAUGAGAAAGCCUACGAAGACUUCCGGCAGAGUAUAUUCGAUAACCCCACCACACUACACAUAAUGAUUGUUGACGAGUGCCAUUACCAUCCCAAGUCGACAGGUUAUCACAACCAAUUCUUGAACGACACGCUGAAAAACGGCCAAGCGCUCACACAACCAAACUAUUUGCAGCUGUUGGUGUCAGCUACGCCCUUGAACUGUCUGACCAAGCACAGCAAAGUGAGAGAGACCAACGUCAUCACUUGGUAUGGCGGAGACAACACGCCUGAGCAGGUGUCGUACUGCGGCCUGCAUGAAGCACUCGGCUCAAUGCUGUUCUGUCUACCGCAGUCACACUAUGUGCCCACAGACACGAGCAAGAUACUGACACUGACGUAUAAGGGUGGCCCCGGAGCACGUGGCCUUCCUGGGUUUCAAAUCAACAUCGAUCUGGCACUUGUGGGUGAGAGACCGGCUUUUAAGGCGCACAGGUUUGCCUCACUACGGCUGUGGAGGGAGUGGGUCUGCAAGAAGGUCAACGAGCAUCUCAAUUGUAAAGACGUGAAGUUUAAAGUGGCCAUGAAUAGACAAGGCAAGGCCGACCAUCUCUACACCUACCUGAGAGUUUGGGACAAAGCUGUGACUCGCGCAGUCGGAACAUUGACGUUUGAAGGAGAAGUAAUGUCACGUCUCGGUUUCACUGGACGAAAAGAAGUUCCGAUUGGUCAUGGUAGCGCUGGCAAUGAAGUAGUGUCCGACCACCCCUGUGUCUUCCAUUUGGAAAACAGCCCUCCCAGCACCCGCCAAAUUCGCCCGGAUACGCUCUUCAAUGACCUGCUCAUUGAGUUCAAGAAGCUCAAACCGAAAGGCAUAGGUGCUAAUCGCAAGUCCAAGAAGUCCCAAUCAAAAAACCCGGACGGUGAUGAGGAGUCCGAACCGACAGUCUCGGAUGGUGAUGUCAUGUUGCUGGACUACAUCGGGGCUUUGAUAUACGCGCGAGCUACCUACCGUACUAUAGACGGAAAAGUGGGGCAGGUGGGGGGCACACCAGAUGGCAUGUAUCACAUCCCCCUGGACGAGCGCAGAACCGAUCUGCGCCAGGAAAUAGAAAACUCGGAACAAUGGACGAAAUUCAAGGAGGUGUGGGAGGGAAAGUGCACUCUGACGGACGACGAGAUGAAUGAGUGCUCUUGGAAACUGGUUGAGUUUAUCCGCACCGAAGUGGUGCGGAAAUGGGUGUAUAAGAAGUAUAUUGGAUACUUUCAGCAGGUGAAAACUGAGAUUGAGAACAUGGACCCUGUGAAGCAGUAUAAGGAGCACCACAAGAUAGUUGCAGCACACCUGUACUACUGGCUCAGAUGCCACAUCGUCUUUCUGAAGCAAAACCUCCAAAGCUUUCAGCCUAACGAUUCAUAUACGCCGUCGCCAUAUCUCCAUGACUUGUCAAAGAAAGCAUCUGAUCUUACGGUCCUUCUGCCGGAAUCGUGCAGGGAGUGCACGAGUGAUAAACCGUGUGCGUGCGCGCUCGAGCAGCUACUCAGUGAUGUUAAUCAUGACAACAACCCAGCGCAAGUAGCCAUUGAGUACACUCUAAGUCUCAAAAUACGCGAUGAUCUGUUACUGCGCGAAUCAGAUACAGUACGCAGUGCCUUUGGGUUCAUAGACCAGUGGUACAGUGAGAGUGACAAGAUGAUGGGCGAUCUGCUCUCCCACACGUUUGGUGCAGAAGGUAAGGACAGUGGAGCGUCCAUGAAGAUUCUGCGCGUGCGUGACACCGUAGCCAACGAACGUCUUGGCAGUGUUAUAGUAGCGGCCAUGCAAGCUCUGGGCCUCGCAGGCAAAGAGAGUGGCGAUCCCUCAGCCUUUCUGAUUGUCACAGACACGGGAGCGACGAUCUCAACGCACAUCCCCAAGUACUUCAUGCAAUGUAAGGUCGAAGUUGCGCCGCAGAAGAAGGUGUCGUUGGGCACGAUCAAGGCAUCUGAUCGCGCUAUAACAUACGAAGAUAUCAAAAUGCCGUGCUUGCUGAUUGUGACAGAGAAGGCCCGCAUGGGAAAUACUUUCCCGCACUCCUUCAACUGCCUGGACCUGCGGUUGAGGGUAGGACGCAAUACCAGCACAAUGCACCAAGAGAUCGGACGCUUGUGGCGUUAUCCGGCCAUGACACCGCUGGGAGUGAUCACUAUAGACUCUGGCGUAGUUCAGUGGCCUAACGAUACAUCAUUCGAUAACAGCGGAUUCGUAUACUUUGUGCAGGCGUUGCAGCCCGAAGUGGACCUACCAAUGGGUGUGUACUACAAAUGCUUCACAGAGUGCGAUGUACAGUUGGCGUUUGACCAUUUCCAAGGCCACGACCGACUAUUCGUGUCCAAGGGUCAGCAGCGCUUCCCCUACGCACUGGUGCUAUGGAAGGGCGCCGAGACACGAGCAACUAACUUUCCCAUCUUCGAGAAGGCCGCUAGUCUAUAUAAUGAGUAUCUGAGGUCACCGGAAAAAGAGCAGUUCAAUAAUCGCACAGAUCUGCGCGCCGAGGAUUUUCUUGUCACAACUACGCUGGAUGACUACGUCAAAGUAGAAUCAAGCGAAAGAAAUGCCUCUGCCAUAGCCAAGCUAUGUCAUCGGUUGGGGCGAAAGAAUCUGGCAAUCACGGGAGACCAUUAUGAUCAUGUGGCCGCUACAAACACUCAGCUUUCAGCCGAAGAAAUCGACUGGAAAGUAUACUUCGCCGACAAAAAGGAAAAGGUUCUACCGCGGCGCAUGUUGUUAAGGGCUCCACCGCAAGCAGGGAAAACAGGAUCAUACGAAUGCUUUGUCUCUCUGUUGCUGCUCGAGGUAGGUAUCUUCCACUCCAUCCCAUCCGUACCAGCUGAAUAUGGUAACCAUGUGCUUCCGUACUUUGCGGCUCUGCGCGAGCGACAUGACCACUGGGAUAAGUGCAAGGGCCAGUGGUCAAUGAGGAAAUCAAAGUACCACGCGAUGGUCUAUGCGCGGAGGAAGAAGCUGCUGGACGAGACAUGGACAGACGACCGAGCAGAGUAUGCGAAACGUGUAGCGCGAAUGGCGUCCACAGGCAACGAGGGAGGAGAGUGCAUCAUCCGGCCACUGAUGCUGCAGCAGUUGAACACACUCAACACCAAUGCACUCAACACCAAUGGCAAUGCGGACGAUGAGGAAACCGCGAAAGAGAAGCUGAUUGACUACGACCAUCAACUCAGUCGCAUGGGCAGUAAUGACGCCACAGCGACUGAGUCCACCCACAACCCAUGGGCAAGCCAAAUCAAGUUUUCCAAACACUCCGAGACACAGCACGCGUGUCGAGCAAUAACGGACAGGCACUCACGCAUCUACGAAAAGUACUUUUGGGUGAAAGGGGUGCACCGGGACGCUCCCGCCGAGGUGACACGGCUUAUGGACAGUUUCCCAAGCGAAGUGGAGUGCUGGGGAGAUGAAGCGACAAUCAGCCGAUACUUCACACGCGAAGAUGGGCGCAUUGAGCUGCUGUUGGAGAAUCCUCCCAUCGUCUUCACCCCCACUCACCGCGGGAAAAACGGAGGUGCGCAAGGGCUACAUCUUGGCAGGGACAUCGACGCCACGACGCGAUUACAGGUGUUGGUGGUGCAGCAACGGGAGAACUCGGCUUAUGGCAAAUUUUGGCAGUACCUACCCUCGGGUUGGAUGGUGCUGGUCAUGCCAGCGAAGCUUGAUUUAAAGGGACUGCCAGCCCAACAUCCUUUGCUGCAAGCAGGUGCACAUACACCAAACGCCAGUACAGGGGGCGUGGGGUAUGCGCGAUUGUUUAUUCAGUUGUUCGCCUACGCCAUCGGAGCACAUCGCGUGUGGAUGAUUGACGACAACGUUACGGUGAUUAGAAAGAACACACUGGACGAGAAGGACGGCCGUUGGUCGUGGGGCACGAAAUCAAACUCCGUGAGGCUGAGCUCCUACAUGGAAGUGGCGGAAAGAGUGUUUAGAGAAGGCGAUGCGGUGGACAAGUCUGAGGUGGGGCCGGAGUGCACUCAGAAGUACAUCUCUGACGGUGAUGUACAGUUUGGCGUGCCUGAGACCGUACGUGAACUGUGUGGCGCGUCGGAAGAAUAUGGACUCAUUGGCAUGAUGCGUAGUGGGUGGGAGAUGACCCCCAAGCACUUGUUCUCCAUUCGCCCGACUGCAUACAAGGUUGUGUUGCUGAAUGUGCAGGUCACAGUCGAGCGCAUGUUGCUGUAUCCGCCCAAGGGCAUAUGGGAGGAUGUGGACUUCAACAUGCUACUUCUGGACAAUAAUUUGCACGUGUGUAAGUUCAUGCAGUACUCCAGCUGGUGGCGCUCUCUCCAGUCCGCUCCCGGCUACACCGAACAACAGCCACCGCCUCCCGAGCAGCUAGUGUCCAUUGACAUACACAGCAAGACUGUGCGCGACCUUUUCAGUACAACAUUUCUCCACUACAUGUUCCGGACCGAAGUUCGGACCCCUUGUCUGGACAGUUGGCGGAUCAUCAGAAAGUACUUCCAGGAUAGCUGUGCCAUCUACCCCGCGGGGGCGGACGACAGAGAGCUCGUGAAAGGGCUCAGUGACGAUGGAUUCUGCUUCUGCCGCGACGACAUAGACGUGCGAGUAACACUAGUUCUGCCACUCGAUGCAAUGGACUGGCAGCAGACUCUCACCACAGUGUCUGGGAAUGGCAAUCGUAGCGACGACCACUUCUGGGUGGUCCUCUACGCAAUCAAUCACGCAUUCCAAGAUCCCGAUUUGAAACUCGAGGAGAUGUUCGUAAGCUAUGGGUUUGGGGUGGUCUCUGCUCUGCAAGACAGAGUAGGCAGUGAAGAUGGUGCCUUGAGCAGCUUUGUGCUAUUGAAGUUGCAAACGCUGGUGACUUCAGCCUCUGAUGGUAUAGAUACAGAAGCGGCGAGUUCCUCCAAAAUAAGGACGAUCUCCGAUGUGGACAAAGAUCUGACGUCAUCCGACCCGCGCAAUAUAGAGAAUCAGCCAGGGAGUCAUAACCACUCUGAAGGGGCUUACACCACACCUUCUGUACGUAGCAAGACAAGGACUACCGACAACGAGAUAUGGCAAACUGCCAUGCCAUCCCGCCGUAGAAUCACAUCAAGUGCGGGUUCCAAGGAGUCAAGGUUCAGAGAUCAGAGAGAAAUCACCCGAGCAUCAUCUGAUGAGGCCGCGGAGCUAUCUCGCACACAUGUCAACCCAUCAGAUAGAAGCAAAUCCCCACGGAGCAUGAAGUUGGGGCCAUCUCCUAUGCCUGUGACGAGAAAUGAAAAUUCCCGAAGACGUGCGACGCACAGAAAUGAUGCGAAUAAGCAGUCUGGGAUCACACAGAAAGAGCCAACUACAACCACUGAAAGAGGGGCAGCCGCCCAGCAAACGGAAAAGGCGACAAGGCAGUCUGCUCUGAGACCUUCACAUACAGGCAGCGCAACACAAGGCGGAAGCAGAUGUACUAUCAGCAGCAAAGACAGGAAAGAUAAUUCGAAGCGCUCAAGACCAUUCGACAUGGACGAAGACAGCAUUAAUUCUGUAAAAAUACCCCGUUUUUCGGAUAGAGAGCCUACCGAAAGGGCUGAUGGGCUGCGAUACAAAGGUGGAUCGAGAUCGAAGUCUUCAAAGGCUAAUGCAUCUCCUGCAGAACAACGAAGAGAAAAAGGAAAUAUACGGCAGCGGAGACACGGUUGCCAACAAAUGGCUAGUUUUGCGACCAAAACUUAAUACGUCACCUGCAGGACAACAAGGGGAACAGAGAAAGCAUCUGGCAAAGGAUACCCGGUAGUUAAAUUAAAGACUUGUUUUGCGACCAACAGCUAAAGAGCCUCUGCACCACCCUUUUGGGCAUGCCCUGUGUUCUAGCUCUGACUUUUUAAGUUUACCAGCGGGUCAGAGACGACGCGAUGCCAGAGAUAUAACUUAAGCCAGAGAUAAAACGCUUUAAGGAAGUUUGGGUUUUAGGGGUUCAAUAUUGGAAUCUUCAAAACCCUACACAUAGCCCGAAGAGUUCCGGCUUGACGCCGGUCACCACUACCACCACGGCUCAUAAAUCAAUUGAUCUUAAAUUGGGUAGGAGGCGUAAGUGCGCCUGUUAGGCCUCUGGAGAAUACACACGCAUGGGAACACCAAUACGGAAACGGGCAAACAUUACAGCUAUUGUAUGGCUAAUGGUUUAGCAAGCAAAAUUAGUCAAAUAUACCGGAGGUACUUGAGUUAGGAUUAUAGGGUUUUCCAGCAUAUGCAUUGAGGCAAUUGUUGUCAGCAUCAUUUAAAGAUUGUCAUAUAAACAUGAAUCAGA